UACGAUCUUGGACUGUGGAUGCGACGUUGCCAGCUGGCAUGACGUCUGAAGAAGAAGAAGAAAUCGUCAUUUCCGGUGUUUCCCUGCCGGCGGGAAGCUGUUGUGUAGUGCAGUGUCCGUUUUACUGACAAUGUCCCGCAUUCUGAACGGUAUCGUGGCGGUGUGUCCUGACCUGGGUAUCGGUAAAAAUGGAAAUCUGCCCUGGCACCCUGUUAGACUCAAUAACGAAUUCAAGCACUUCCGAACGAUGACAGCGACUCCAUCAGUAGAAGGCAAGCAGAACGUGGUGAUCAUGGGCAGGAAGACAUGGUUUUCCAUCCCAGAGAAGAACAGACCUCUGAAUAACAGGAUCAACAUCGUCCUCAGCAGGGAGCGCAAAGCGCCCCUCACAGGAGCACACCAUGUGGUGGGUGACUUCAGCUCAGCUCUCAGGCUGGUUGACUCGGAGCUGGCAGGCCAGGCUGACCAGGUCUGGGUUAUAGGAGGCAGCUCUCUCUACAAGGAGUUGAUGGAAAGCUCGGGGACCAAGAGACUGUAUGUCACACGGAUCCUGAAGCAGUUUGAGUGUGACACAUUCCUCCCAGAAAUCAGUCCAGACAAAUAUCGUCUACUGCCAGAGUCUCCAGGAGUGCUACAAGAGCUGCAGGAGGAGAAUGGUAUCCAGUACAGAUUUGAAGUCUAUGAGAGCAUUGAUCAGUGAAGAGGAAUUUUAAAGAAUCACUAGUGCAGCAUAGACAUUGUUCUGGUACCCAUUUACAAAAUCACAAGGAUUUUUUAAAGCAAUUUGUACAGUGGGGAUGUCAUAAGUUGUAUUUUUUUUCUCAGUUGAAAUUGACACUGAUUGUUGAAUAAAAGUCUUAGAACUUGG